AUGCCAUUCCUCGGCAUCCUCGACGACACCAAGAUCCCUCAUGUCCCUGGCACGGUGAUACUCGAAGAAGACGCGGCGCACUCGCAGGACGUGACGGGCGGUCUCAAGCAUGGCACGGGACGAAAUGCACACAUCGUCCUUGUGCCGCAACCUUCCAACGACCCCAAUGAUCCCCUGAACUGGCCCUACACCAAGAAACUCACAGCCCUGGGCAUCACCUGCUGGGGUUCGGUGCUGUAUGCCGCGGUCGUGAGCGCCAUGCUGAACGCCGCGUUCUUCGAGAUGUCGCUGGAAAUCAACACGACCAUCUCCAAGCUUGUCUUGACUUCGGGGUAUCAGACGCUCGUUGUCGGCGUGACGGGGCCUUUAUUUUCAGCGCUGUCUCGAAAAUGGGGCACUCGACCCAUCUUCCUGCUGGCUUCGAUUUUCUGCCUCGUUGCCGAUAUCGUGGGAUCGUGCGUCACCACGUACGAGGGCGUGCUCGCGUCUCGAAUUCUUCAAGGCUUCGCGAUCGCGCCCUACGAGUCUCUGGUAUUCACGCUCGUCAGCGACAUGUUCUUCGUCCACGAGCGCGGCGUCUACGCCUCGGCCAUCAACUUUAUCCUGGCCGGAAUCUCCAACCUGACAGGUGUUGUUGCAGGCCCGAUCGCGUCGAACAUUGGCUGGAAAUGGCUCUACUACCUCCUCGUGUUGUUCGGUGGCAUCCAGACGAUCCUCCAAUUCCUGUUCGUCCCGGAGACAAGUUACGUCCGCGACCGCCGGUACGAGAUCGACGAGCUGAGGAACGACAACCUCCAAGACCUCGCCGCGCUAGAGUACCAGGAUAGACUCGACAUGGAGAAGCCCGGCAUUGCAAGGCAUACCGAGGAAACAGGUGGGACCGCGAUUACGACCCCUAGUCCCGCAAACGGACCGCACGUAUACCGAAAGAAGACGUUCGCGCAGGACCUUGCCAUCUUCAGCGGGACCUACUCGAACGAGAACCUGCUACAGCUCUUCCUGGCGCCCUUCGCAGUCGUCCUCAACAUCGCGGUCUCCUGGAUCCUGAUCAUCAACUCCAUGUUCGUCGUCCUCUACGUGGUCAUCGCUUUCGUGCUGGCCCAGCUCUUCGCCCCACCCCCAUACCUCCUCAGCCCGGCCAGCAUAGGAUACUUGUCCCUCGGCCCCUUCGUAGGCGGUAUCCUCGGGUCGAUCAUCAUGGGCGCCCUCUCCGACCCGUUCAUCAAAUGGUGCGCCCGCCGCAACAACGGCGUCUACGAGCCCGAGUACCGCCUCAUCCCGUGCCUGGUCGGCGUCUGCGCGGGCGUCGGGCUCAUGCUCUUCGGCCAUCUCGUCUCCGCCGGCGCGAGCCCCUACGCCUGCGCCACGGUCCACGGCCUCAUGCUUUUCGGCGUCAUGUUCGUCUGCAUCGGCACGUCGAACUACGCGCUCGACGCGUACCGCGGGAUGGCGAAUGAGAUCUUCAUCGCCAGCAUGGCUGUCAAGAACGUUAUCCUGUUUGGGUUCAGUUAUUUCGUCAACAACUGGACCGCGGAGGUCGGGCCCCAGCAUGCCUUUUACGUGUGGGGCGCAGUCGCUUUUGGGCUCGUCGCUACCGUGCCUUUCAUGUAUGUCUUUGGAAAGAAGUACCGGAGUUAUUGGGCGCGAAAUAAUCUGCUGGAGAGGAUGCAUGUGCGGACGCAUGAAGAGUAG